AAGCUGCAGUACCGACACUCUUUAUUAGGGAGCGCUUUUGUACCGUCCAGUCCCUGCAGCCCAAUCAGCACGUGAUCACUGAGAAGCAAAAUGGCGCCACCGAAGGCGAAAUUUCAGGAAACAAAAGCCCGUCCAGGUGCGGAAGGAAGGACGCAGGAGAGAACCCCGCAGUCUGUGGGAAAAUAUACAAUAGAUGAGAAGGUACUGUGUUUCCACGGCCCACUGCUGUACGAGGCCAAGGUACUGGAGGUACAACAACCUUCCAAAGGUCAGGCCAAGGAUAAACAAGUCCGAUACUUCAUCCACUACAGCGGCUGGAACAAGAACUGGGAUGAGUGGGUACCAGAGAGCCGUGUGCUGAAGUUCAGCGAUGCCAACCAGGGCAAACAGAAGGAACUCCGAGAAGCACAGGCAAAAGUUAAGAAACAGUCCAAAGUGAAGCCGAGGGGUCAGGGCCCGCCUGAGGGGGGUGAGAAGGGGGACGGGAGCCGGUCUUCCACGCCAUCUGUGGAGAAACAACAGGCGAAGAGAGGUGAGGCUGCUGAACAGACUCCCAUCACAGAACCUCCCAGGAAGAAGAGAGUGCGAGCUGACCCCACAGUAGAGGCAGAGGAAACCUUCAUGACCAGAGUAGAGAUAAAAGUGAAGAUUCCCGAUGAGCUGAAGCCGUGGCUGGUGGAUGACUGGGACCUCAUCACCAGGCAGAAACAGGUAAAGUUGUUCCAUCUGCCUGCCAAGACCAAUGUGGAGAAGAUCCUGGAUGACUAUCUGCAACAGAAGAAGUCCAAGGGACUCUCUCCUAACCAGGAGAGUGCUAUACUAGAAGUGACGGCAGGAAUCAAGGAAUACUUCAAUGUCAUGCUGGGCACACAACUCCUCUACAAGUUUGAGAGACCACAGUAUGCAGAGAUCCUGGCAGACCACCCUGACACACCUAUGGCUCAGAUAUACGGUGCACCCCACUUACUUAGACUGUUUGUGAAACUAGGGAGCAUGCUGGCCUACACACCUCUGGAUGAGAAGAGUGUACAACUACUCCUCACACAUCUACAUGACUUCUUAAAAUACCUCCAGCGGAAUUCUUCGUCUCUCUUCAACGUGGCUGACUACGAGGUGGCACCUCCCGAGUACCACAGAAAGGCUGUUUAGAACCGGAUAGUUAAUAUCUAUACAUACAAAUGUAUUUACUUUGGACUGGCAGAACCACUUAUGUGUAGGUACAUUGUACAUCAGACAGCAAGGAAGAUGUAAAGACUUAAAACUGACACUGGGUAGUCAGUGAGAUCAUGUCAUUUUUGUUUCACUUAAAAAAUAUUUUCAGUGAACGUGAAAUAACUUUGUUUAACGUAAAUGUUUUACUGAGUUCACCACUUCUGUGUAUAUCGGUCAACAAGGAAGAUGUCAAGACUAUAAACUGACAGACUGGGUAGUCAGGGAGAUCAUGUCAUCUUUGUUUAAGUUUGAAUAAGUUUAUAUAACAUAAAUGUUUCCUGACAAGUUCUCCAUUUUGCUCCUACAUACCGCAUACCCAUAGGAGCUGCAGUACUGGAGUAUUCUGAUAGGAGAAAGUGUUUAGAUGACAUGUCUUAAGCCCUUAUAAAGUCAUGCGACACAUCUACCACUGUAAAACUAUGAGCAAGAUAGCAGUUGAAACAUCUCAAAUAGAGUAAACUUAUUACCUUACUACUAAUAUUGAUAUGUGGACUUGAAUGAAUAUGUUAGAAUUUUAUGACUGCAGUUCAUAUGAUUAUGGCUAUUCCAUUCUAUGACAUGGAUGCUUGCAGAACUUGAAAUAGAAUGGAAGAAAAAGGUUACAAAUGUCUUUGUACAAUGGAUGAUGAACGUUUUGUAAAGAAGAAAUAAAGUCAACAUUAUAUGGAACCUUUU